AAGUUAGUAAAUACUUCUUCUUUUUUUUGCACUUUUGUUGUUAGUUCCGUUAUGCGGUUUUGUACUUUACUGCACAAGGAGCUAAUAAUUAGAUAGUGUGUAAAGUGAUUUCGACCUCAUAUUAUAACUAAGGAAUGUCUUUGUUGCAAUGAGUAUAAAUAUCCACUAUGUAGGAGAACCUGUUCAUAUCAUUCUUCGAUUGCUAGCAGAUUUAAAGCUAACACAAUGAAGAUGUACCUUUUGGGUUUAAUGGUUGCAGUGUGCAUUGGUGGAGCAUCGUCACAUUGGGCGAAUCAGUGGGAUAAACCAUUCAGAUUCUCCUGCCCCAAAGGUGGCGUUAUCAGAUCGCUUUUCUCGAUACACAACAACCACCGCGAAGAUCGACGUUGGAUUAUCAAUUGUGGUUUGAACCUCAGGUUAAGCCGUGGAAAAUGGACUAGAUUUGUAAACCGAUAUGACAAGAGUUUCCGAUUCCGGUGUCCAGCAAGAAACGGUAUAAUAACAGGAUUCGGAGGAGUACAUAACAAUCAUAAAGAAGACAGACGAUUCCGCUUUAAAUGCGCGAGAUUUAUUAACAAAGUUCCUUACAAUUGCAGGUGGACAGGGUUUUUGAACAAGUUUGACAAAGUCCUUAACUUUCACGUGAGACGCAACCGCUUUAUUAGGGGCAUGAGAAGUGUACAUAACAACCACUUUGAAGACCGACGAUUUUCCCUGUUAGUUUGCAGUUACCGUCACUUUAAAGGCUGAUGAAGAACAGUCGCUUUAAUGUUAUGAUAGCUAAUAGUUUCUUCAUAAAUAUACGUAAAGCAUGCAA